AUGACCACCAAAGAAGACGACGACGUUUCAUCCAAUUCCUCUCCCACAACCGCCACUGCCUCGGCCACCGUUGGCGGUGGCGUAGAUAGUGGCGGCCUGAUCAUGUCAACCACCGAUGCUAUCCGUUCAUUUCUCAUCACCGCCUCCUCAGACUCCAGCCUCCACCAGGACUUCAGAGAUCUCUCCUCCUUGCUUUCGUUGCACCCUUCUGUACCCUAUAAAUCUUUCAAGUCCAUCUGGCUUGGAGUCGACCCGAGUACCCGCCCGGACCUAGUAACCCUUCUCAGUGGGUCCAAUUUCAUCUUUACCAGACCCAAGCCCAGAGAAAAGAGUGUAGAAUUAAAGGUGAGGUUGAAGAAGCUAGCGGAGGUGGCCGAGAGGAAAGCCUAUGAAGAGUUGGUAAAGGACAUUACUCCAAGGAAGGGUGUAGAGGAGCCUUUCUCCUCCUACAAGGAUCAACUGGGCUUCGGUUUACAUGUUGUGCUUAUAAUGUUCACCGGCUACUUGCUUGGAUAUGCGGCAUUCAGAGCCUUGUUUAGCCAGAGUCCUGCAAUGAGUGCUGCUGGAGGCAUCCUUGGAUUGGUUGGCGGCAUGCUGGUAGAGGCAUUUCUAUUUAUAAUUAGAACUUCUAAUCAAGAUCUUCAACCCCGUUCUUCCACUUCGAAGAUUAAGAAGAAUCAAUAG